AUGAAAAAGGAGAAACGCAAACUUUGGUGUGAACAACUAUUGAACACCAGUUAUCUGCUCCCGAGAAUCAAGCUGAAAUUGUUUGGUUCCACAAUGACAGGAAAAACUCAGCUGACCAAUUCCUUACGAGCCGGUCUACUCUCAGCAUUCUUGCGGAAAAAGUUAAACUCCGUGGGUGAGCUGACCGGAUUCACUGUGGAGCAAAAAUAUGAUGAUGAUGAUGAUGAUGCUUCGGAUGAUGAUGAUGAUGAUGACGAUGAUGAUGAUCAAAAUGAUUAUCAAGAUGAUGAUGAAGACAGUGAUGGAGAUGGUAGUUGCCAGCAUGGUCGUAGUUGA